AUGGCUAAUACUCUUAAAAGUGAUUUGGAGUCUGAAAAGGACUCCAAAGCCUUGAAGACCUCCUUACCAGAUGGUCAGAAGGCAACUCUGGCCAAUGACCUACCACCCGAACUCCUUGUGCACAUCUUCGAAAUGGCACAAAACAUGUUCUUUCUGAACCAAUGUUCAACCUGGCACUUUCCUUUCAUCCUUGGAAAGGUCUACCUUGGCAGAUCCAAGGACUCCCCUAUUGAUCUUAAUAUCACCUUUACCCUGACUCUAAGCCAGAGAGGCAUUAGCACACUCAUAGGUAUCCUACAACCUCACUACCGAUGUUGCUGUUCCAUCAGAGUCAAGUCUGAACUCUUUUACAAACUCACAAGGGAGAUUCCGAGCAUUCUUGAAUGGAUGUGCCAAGGCCAUUAUCCAAUGCUCCAGCACAUCUGUGUGGAGGGUUUGGAUCCUCACUGUACCCGAUUCUUUACACUGACUUCUCCAAAAUGUUACAUUCCUGUUGAUCUUUGGUCACAUUAUGGGGCAGGAGUUUCUGAACUUCUACUUUCUAUAUCUGCCCCGGAUUUGGAGGAACUCACCAUCGCUCCAAUUGUUCACAACGACUUCAGCAAAUUCAGGAGGAAAACUAGUAACGCUCCUAGAUUUCCAGCCUUGAAAUCGCUCACCCUUGCACCUGCUAAUGACGGCAAAUUGACAACUUUAGCCCAAGCCAACGCUUGUUUCCCAGGGAUCAAGUUACUUAUUCUCCCCAAUUAUAAUGAACUUUACAUUGUGGAGUCUUUCAAAACAAAGGACUCUCGACCAUUUUGGCCUGAACUUGAUGGUCUCGCUGUCCAUGACAUUGAUGACCAAGGUGUAUUGUGUGCCCUUGCGCUCACUGUACCUGGAUCCCUUGUCAAUGUCAAGAAUGACCCAAAUGGACUGGCUAAAGGAUCAAUUGUUGGUGGUGGAGGCAGAUCCAUGGAAGACACAAUGUGA